CUUGCAAGGCACCGCAGAAAUGGCUGUUGYGGAGGACGUGUUCCUGCCCACCAACCUCACCACCGGCAACCAGAGCAGCUGCAACGUGCACAACCAGCACUUGUCAACCAAAGUCACCUUCUCCCUUUUCUACAUCACCCUGCUGGUGUUUGGUGCCUGUGGGAAUGUCCUGGCCCUCUGUAUCACCUUCCAGCGCAGGAAGAAGAAACUCAACUCCACCGACCUCUACCUGGUGAACCUGGCCCUGUCCGAUGCCCUCUUCACCCUGGCACUGCCAGGCAGGAUUGCAUACUACAUCCUGGAGUCYGACUGGCCCUUUGGGGACUGGUUCUGCCGGCUCACAGCUUUCAUUUUCUACAUGAACACCUACGUGAGCAUCUACUUCAUGACCUGCGUGAGCGUGGACCGCUACAUCGCYGUGGUGCGCACCCGGCACCCYGGCAGGAUUCGGAAGAUGAGCCGUGCCAGGGGCAUCUGUGUCCUCAUCUGGUCCUUGGUGUUCCUGCAGACAGCCCCGCUGCUCCUGCGGCCCAUGACACGAAGGAUGGGAGACAAGCUGACGUGCAUGGAGUACUUCAACUUUGAGGAGAUUCCCAAUCUGCCCUACCUGCUCCUGGUGGCCUGCAUGCUUGGCUUCUUCCUGCCUGUGGGCAUCAUCUUGGUGUGCUACGUGAGGAUCAACCUCAAGCUCUGCCAGACGGCCAAGGAGAACCCGCUGACGGUGAAGAAUGGGCACCACCACAGGGCCUUCACGGUCAUCCUCGUGGUGCUGUUGGCUGUCCUGCUCUGCUUCAGUCCCUACCAUCUCAACAUUGUCCAGUUCAUGGUCAGGAAGAUCCUUUACCAGCCAUCCUGCCGUGAGCAGCAAGCCUUCAAGCUGUCCCUGCAAGUCACCGUGGCAUUCAUGAACCUCAACUGCUGCAUCGACCCCAUCAUCUACUUCUUCGCCUUCCGGGGCUACAAGCGGAGGCUGCUCCGCAUCUUCAGGAACAGCGGCUCACUGGCCACCUCCUCCACUGCCAAGACCCCCUCGGAGAGCAACAGCAACAGCCAGCAGCCUGGCUCCGUGUCUGUCUAGAUGCACAGCCCCUCCCUUCUGCCCUGGCCUGUGACAAUGGACCGUCCCUGAUGGCAGCAGGCUGAGUUGAGCUGCAGG